AUGCGGCGAGUCGGGCAGCACGCGAAUGCGCUCGCAGGGGCGGCUCUGGCCGCGGCAACGGUCGUGGGGUGCCCGUCCAGGGUUCUGCUGACACCUUCGCGGGGGAAGUACGUGCGCCAGCCGAGCCCGCAGUGGGACCCGCUCCACGAGGACAUCAACGCACACGUGAAGAAGCGGAUCCCCGGGGAGACGCGCGUGGACCGGGUUCGGCGCUUUGCGCGGGAGUGGCGUAACGUGGAGUUGGAGCUAGGCGUUUACAAGGACUCCCGUGGGCGGGAGAUCAAGUACCGAAAAACCUUCGUCUACCGCUACACGUACCCCAACGCGUUUGAUGAAUUCUGGUGGCCGUGCAAAUGA